CUAACAAGGUUACCUCAAAGUUGCCUCAAGUGCCUGUGGAAAUGGAACCAGACGAUGGGAAAUCAGAUCAAUCAAAGAGCGAAAAAGCAGCGUCUCAGGCGUCAUCUAGUUCUGCAUUGAGAUCUGCAGCAAGAGAUACCACAUUUGAAACAUUAACUGAAGGGGAAGACUCAUAUUCAGAUGAAGACCUUUAUGACGAGGAUUUGGAAGAAAGUUCAUAUACAUUGCAGGAUGAUUCAGAAAGAACUGCAGAAUCUCUGAAUGUGGAAACCCCUGUUCCACCUGUGGACCAAGAAGAGGAGAAGGUUAUGAAGAAAAUACCAGAUAACUUCUUCUACAAUUAUGACGAGCUUGCUUCAGGGCCUUUUGUGUCUCAGGAUACUGACAUACCGCCGAAUCUGCUAACGCUUGUACAUUCCUUCGGUUAUGACUGCAGGAAGCGGGUCAAUCUCCAACUCCUGGACAGCAAUACCCUGAUGUACAUAGGUGGGAACCAACUGAUCCUGGUGGAUUUGAGAACCAAGAAGCAGACCUACCUGCGAAGUUGCAGUGGAGAAGGGAUCGGUGUCAUUGGGGUUCACCCCAGUAAAACGUACUUUGUCGUAGCUGAAAAGGGGUCCUCUCCAGAUAUCAUCAUCUAUGAAUAUCCGUCUCUGAGGCCCUACAGGAUCCUUCAAGAUGGGUGUGACUUGGGCUAUGCCUCGGUGGACUUCAAUGCUCGUGGCGACUUGUUGGCGUCUGUCGGUAGCAGCCCUGACCAUACCCUCACCAUCUGGAACUGGAAAGAAGAGAAGCCCAUACUGCGGACAAAAGCUUUUUCCCAGGAAGUUUUUAAGGUUACAUUCAAUCCUGACGACGAUGAGCAGCUUACGACGUCAGGAGCAGGCCACAUCAAGUUCUGGGAAAUGGCCCUCACGUUCACUGGUCUUAAGCUACAGGGCUAUCUCGGUCGAUUUGGCAAAACAGCCACGACUGAUAUAGAAGGUUACAUGGAGCUCCCUGAUGGGAAGGUGCUGUCUGGGUCGGAGUGGGGCAACAUGCUGCUGUGGGAAGCAGGCCUCAUCAAAGUGGAGCUCUGCCGACUAGCAAGGAAGUCUUGCCACAGUGGCUCCAUUAACCACAUCGUGUUGGAUGAGGGUGAAGUUAUCACUAUUGGGUCAGAUGGAUAUAUCAGGAUAUGGGAUUUUGAGACAAUAGAUACUGCCGAUGCUAUUGAUGACACUGCACUGAUGGAGCUCGAGCCUAUAAAUGAACUCCCAGUCGGCAAGCAUGUCAAGCUCUUCUCUAUGAUAAAAAUGGAUGACCCUGGGAAUAACUUUUGGUUGGCUCAGGAUCUAUGUGGAGCCAUAUGGAAGCUUGACCUGAGUUUUUCGAAUAUUACCCAGGAUCCGGAAUGCCUCUUCUCCUUCCACUCCGGACCCAUCCAAGCCGUGGCCAUCUCUCCUCUCACCUACCUCAUGGCCACUACUUCCUUGGACUGUGAAUCCUUUGCACUUAUUCUUAUCAAGGUAAACUAUACUGGAGCACAGAUCAUUGCAGGAUUUGAAGAUGGAGUUGUCCGAAUUCUUGAACUUUAUGAUCCAAAAGAGCUCACAAUUUUUGCAGGACGGAAGAAAAUUUUGGAUGCAGAGAUUCAACUGAAACAGGCAUUCAAACCUCACACUACACGUGUUACUGCGUUAGCUUAUGAUCGUGAUGGAGAAAUUCUAGCCACAGCGAGUAAAGAUCACACCGUCUUCUUCUUUGAAGUGGAAAAGGAUUAUAAACCAAUUGGUUAUAUUACUACUCCCGGACCUGUUUGUCAGUUAGUAUGGUCUCCAACCUCUCAUCCUAGAAGUACUCUUCUGAUUUUCUGUGAUAAUGGCUAUGUCCUUGAAGCUCCCGUUCCAACCAUAAGGGAGGAUGUAGAGGACCAUGACAUAGUUUCCUAUGAAAUAAAAAAUAUAAACAUAAAAUAUUUCCAUUUCAUAAGCGUCAAGUCCAAAAUUCUGAGAUUCAUAGAAAUCGAAAAGAGAAAGAAAAUCAAGGAGUUGGAGGAGGAGGCAAAGGAAAAAAGGAGGAAGCAACUAAUAGAAGAGUUGGGAGAAGAAGGAGAAAAAGUCUUUCAGGAAGAGCAGGCGCAGAAGCAAGAGGAAGAAGAGAAGCCACUACCUGAAAUCGUCAUUCCACCCACGCCCAGCCACAUCCUCUGUGGGUUUUACUCUCACCCAGGGAAGUUCUGGGUUUCUUUGGACGGCUACGAUGCUGGCAUGCUAUAUCACUGUGAGUUCUCCAUCUACAACCAAAACCGUAAUAUCAAAGAACAGAGAGAUGAACCUUUUGAGUUUCGUUUCCUUGAGGAUGCAGAGGAUAAUCCCGUCCAAAGUAUCACUUUCAGCCUUAAUAAGGUUAUGAUGUUUUGUGGAAUGGAAAACGGAGCCGUUCGAAUCUAUGUCCUACAUCGGAAUGAUACCUCAUUGAGCAGUAUGAAGGAAUUCUGGCACCUCAGUAUACAUGACAACGAUUACGGGCGCAUUAAAAACAUUGCUACUAGCUUUGAUAACCGUUUCUUGGUGACUGCUGGAGGAGACAGUAAUAUCUUUGUUUUCAACAUUUUUUCUGAAUUGGAAUUAGAGGAGGAGCUCAAAGCCAAAGUGCCAUUCCCCAGGUUUGGAAUUGAAACAGAACUCAUUCCACCAGAUAUUGAAGAUCCCAAAGCCUACAGUAUUGAGAAUGCCAGGAAAAAAAGAGAGCAUGACAAGUUAAUGAAGGAAGUGCUAGAAAUACAGAGCCAAAAGAGGGAAAAGCUUAAAUAUUUGAGGAGUGAAUUUUUGAACCUACUGAAAAUGAAUGAAGAAUUACCAAAGCAUAUGCAGCUGAAACGCACAGACUUUGAUGUAGAUUCCAAAAUCCGCGCUGAGAUUAACAGAAAAACAGCAUUCAAAAUCCAACAAGCAGAGAGGGAAAUGGCUUGGGAAAAAGAGAAAUGUUAUCUUGGUCUCAAGAAGCUACAAAAUAGAUUCCGCGAUUCACUGGAAAAUGAUGCUAUUGUGGUUCAUGCCAUCCAAAGUAGCCACAAGAUAGCCUCCUAUAGGCUUGUGAAGCCCUCUAAGUACUCCAGAUCCAAACAAAUCAGUCAGAUGGACAGAAAAACGAGCAAAAUGGACAGGCUUGAGAAAGAGGGAGCUGGGAAAAAGGAUAGCCAACGAGAUACAGGGAUGGUUUUGAACAUACCAGAAGAAUCAAUUUUGGAAAAAGGGAAGAAAUUUCGACCUAAAACCUUGAGUGAAAUUAUGGUGGAAAAUCAAAUCGAGAAAACAAGGAAGGUCAUCUUAAAAGCCGAAAGAGCCCAGCAAAAGAUUCAGCAGCGGAAGAAAGAAUGGGAGGAACUAUUAAAGAGUAAACCUGAUGAUGACUUUGAAGAUCCCAGAGAUUUGCAGGCCAUCAAAGAUGCCCAAGUGCACAUGGGAGACUUUAAUCUGAAGACAUCCCCAGACUACAAGAUACCUGAGCACAUGAGAAUCAACGCUGCCAAGAAGGAAGAAGAACUGGGAGUUCUCGACACCCUGGCCUAUAGAAAGAAAUUACACAUGAACAAGUGCAUCCUCUCUCUACGAGGCCUUAAAAUGGCUGUUAUUGAGGAAAUACAGUGCCUGGUCCAAGAGCUGAAGAACAUUCAGUCUACUCUCCCUGUCUCGAAGCACAUCCCUAUUCCUCAGAUCCCUCAAAUCCACCCUGAGGAAGUUCCAGAGAAGCGGUUCCAGUAUGAUGAGGAAACUCUCCUGACUUUUAAGCGCCAGCAGAUGAAGACUCAGGAAGAAAAGAGCCCCCCCACAGGUCUGGCAGGAUCGAUGGCCACCCCUGGAGGAUUCAAAAUCCCCCCCGGAAAGGACUUGGAUUUGAUAGCACGACGAGAAACCUUGGCUAGAAUGUCAAAGGCAUCCACGUUCAGUAUAGAUAUUGGAAAGUGUUCGGAAUUUGAACCAGCAGAGCCAACAGAUAUGGAGAUCGAGAUUGCGAAGAGGGAUGAGGUUAAACAUGUGUACAUGCAACAGUAUUUGCUCAACAGGAUCAAAGAACUGAUUGUCACUUUUGAUGCGGAACUUCGUAUUCUGAGACAUCAGAAAUUGAAACUCGAUACUCAGAUAAAGCUAUCUGACCUGCACCAUGUCACAUUAUUUCAAGAAAUGCUUCUUCUCAAGAACUUUGAGAAGCAGGAGAACAUACUUCAAGAGCGCGUGAAUUCACUGGAUAAAGAAGAGCAUGACAUGCAAUGCAAAAUAAACGACACCCUCGCAGAGUUGGAAGAGAAAAAGAAUGAAGUCACUAAGCUCCAGGAUCAGGAAAAGACACUCUACACCAGCUUCCAAUUAUCACUUGGAGAAAACAACAAAUUUGCUAACUUCCUCAUGAAGGUGCUGAAGAAAAAGAUUAAGCGAGUGAAGAAAAAGGAAGUUGAAGGCGAAGGCGAUGAGGACGAGGAAAGCGAGGCGUCCAGUGAAGAGGAGUCCAGCUUGGAGAGCGACGAGGAUGAGUCUGAGUCUGACGAUGACGUUUUUGAUGAUUCAAUCUGCCCAACAAAUUGUAAUCCAAAUCUUUUUGAACUGGCCCUUACUCUCCGAGAGAAAAGACUGGACAUCGAGGAGGCCUUGGUGGAAGAAAGGAAACUUAUUGAUAACCUCAAAAAGGAAUAUGACACAUUGUCCAAAAAGGUUAAAACGGUGGCAAACAAUCUGCACGCAGCGGAGGAGGCCCUGGAGGCGUAUCAACGGGAGAAGCAGCAGCGGCUGAACGAACUGCUGGUCGUGUUCCCGCUGAAGCUCCACCAGGUAGAAUAUAUGAUGUUUGGAGAAAUCCCUAACGAUCUUUCCGGUACUUUGGUCUUCUCGAAUCGCUCCCUGGGACUGCUGCAGGAGAGAAUCUUACAACUCCACCACGAGAAUGUCCAGCAGCAGAAACUAAACAGGGAAUGCCGGGAGAGACGGAAGCUGCUGAUCCGAGAAAAGAGAGAGAUGGCCAAAACCAUACAGAAAAUGGAGGAAACCGUGUGCCAGCUAAUGAUCAGAAAGUUUGGCCGUGUGAUAGACCUGGAAGCCCUGCAGACACUAUCUGUUAAUACAACCCUUGAAGAACUAAAGAUCAAAAAACUUCGAAAAGAGCUGUCGAAUGCAAAGGAGAUGAAGAUGUGGGAGGAAAAGAUUGCCCAACUGCGAUGGGAACUGAUGAUGAAGACAAAAGAACACACCAAAAAGCUUCAUCAGAUGAAUGACUUAUGUAUUGAGAAGCAGAAGCUUGACUCUCGACUGAACAUGCUGCAGAACCAGCAGGGCAACGCUUUCCAGGGCCCUAGGAAAGCAGAUAUUGUGGCGAAAGAGAAAGUCACCGAGCUGAUCCAAGUCCAGGCAGAAAGGAUUUUGGCCUUGAAGGAAGAGAUUACUGUUCUGCGUAAGAAAGGUGGCCUUGUCCUCCCGCCCAUUCAUCCUCCAGAUGAGUGAAAGCCCCCUCCCCACUCCCAAAUCGACUUUUAAGUUUGCUUUCUUCCCCCCUCUCAAAUCCAUCCAGUAUUUUUCUUAGACAUACAACUCACACAAAAGAAGUGUGUUUGCCUUGUAACCUGCAGCCCUCCGAUUGCUUUAAACCGAGCUUUCCUAAAAGUCUAACGCCAGAUUCAGUCGUGUCGUUUGAAUCAUGCCCCCCUGGGUUGGUUAUGCUAGUACUGACGGCACCUACCAUUACUUAUCCUCCAACCGAACCAGUCUAGAUAUGCUUGGGUUUUGCUAGACGAAAUAGAAAAAGUCUCAGAAGACAAACAAACAAAUAAAAACAUCUAUGUAUCUGGCUUUAAGAAAA